AUGCGAUCUACCUUGGCCAACUACUUAGGUGCAAAACUAGCCUUUCAGUAUGAAAUAUCCAAGGCAUAUGCCGUGCUAGAUGAGGAAAACUUCGCCUACCAAGUCACCAAAUUGCCGAUGAGUAUCAAUGUGACCACUGCCUGCCAGAAGCUAGAUUCGUCGGCGGGCAGUAAAGUGACACAAAGGAGUAAGCGGAACAACGUGAUGGGAAUAUAG